UGACAAAAGCCUUGCUAUCGUUAACCUAAAUCCUCUUGUGAAUCAGCACCAUGUGUUGGCCAUACUUGAUGGUAAUCUUCAGACCAUGCGCACAAGGUUUGUGCUGAGUUGCAGGCCUGUGGAUUAAGGAGUGGGCUUUAAGAUCGCUCCAACUGCCUCCCUUCUUUUGUUCUCCUUCAUUCUGCAUCAGCUGUGGCUGCAAGACACGAACAAAGCAGGCACAAUGAACCAGAAGGUGGUACUCAUCACGGGCUGCUCCUCAGGAAUUGGCCUCGCUCUGGCAGCCCGGAUUGCAAAAGAUGAGAAGAAGAGGUUCAUGGUCUAUGCCACCAUGAGAAACUUGACUAAGGCUGAGCAUCUGGUUGAGGCAGCCGGCCGGACUCUGGGCAGGACAUUGGCGAUCAAGCAGCUGGAUGUGUGCAAUGAGGAAUCCAUCAAAGCCUGUGUGGACAGCCUGCCAGAGCGCAGAGUGGACAUCCUCAUCAGUAAUGCUGGGAUGGGACUGAUUGGGCCCAUCGAGUGUCAGUCUAUCGAUGAGAUGAAGACGGUCAUGGACACCAACUUCUUUGGGCUGGUGCGACUGCUAAAGGAAAUCCUGCCUGACAUGAAAAAGAGGAAAAAAGGCCACAUCGUGGUCAUCAGCAGCGUCAUGGGUAUUCAAGGAAUCUUAUUCAAUGAUGUCUAUGCGGCAUCCAAGUUUGCAGUGGAAGGCUUUUGUGAGAGCUUGGCAGUUCAAGCCCUGAGGUUCAGUCUGAACAUCAGCCUGAUAGAACCAGGUCCAGUGAUCACAGAGUUUGAGCGUAAGGUUUAUGAAGAAGGCCUGAAGACGGAUCUUAGCAAAGCUGAUAGAGUGACUGCAGACAUGUUCACAAACAUCUACCUGAAGAACUACAACCAGAUCUUCGAAACACUCGGUCAGACAGCUGAGGAUGUAGCAGAGCACACCCACAGGAUCAUCACCAUGGACAACCCUCCUUUCCGCCAUCAGACUAACACGCUCUACACACCCAUGACCACACUAAAAUAUGCUGAUCCCAAUGGAGACCUUCCCAUUGAAACGUUUUACAAAAUGGUGUUUGAACAUGACAAAGUCUUCAGCGCCAGCCUCAACUUCCUCAAACUGCUGCGCUGGAGAAGCCGCAAGAGUUUUACCUUGGAAAAAGAUAAGAGCACCUGAGAGGCUCUGUGUCCAUGGGUCCAGAUCCUUAGUGAGAAAUACAUCCAACCAAAGUUGUCCAGAGGUUUUCCUCUAUUUCUGUUGUAGCAAAAAGACCUUUUAGAUUGGACGUUAAAUAUUAAAAUAAAUUCUGUUAUCUAAAACUUGUUAUGAAAUAAAUUGUUGAAUUUCUGAGUAACAAA